GGCUGCGUCAAUUGACGGACGCCGGAGGGGCAAUGGCGGCGCCCGUGCUGCGCUGGUGCUGUCCCGCAAGGCGUUGGAUUUUAGCCAACAUUGACCGCGGUCCUCGCCACGGAAGAGGGGCUCCGACUGGGUCCAGGUCCAGCGGGAAAAGGGGACAGAGCUCAGUGGCUCAGCAGCCCCUCGUCACGGCCCAGAAGCCGAGGAAAGGUGAACACCAGUGGGCAGCCGUGGUGGGUUUGGAAAUCCAUGCCCAGAUUUCCUCCAACUCGAAACUCUUCUCUGGAUCCCAAGUCCACUUUGCAGCACCUCCAAAUUCUUUAGUAUCUUUUUUUGAUGCAUCUCUGCCUGGAACUUUGCCGGUUCUCAACAGGAGGUGUGUAGAGGCGGCAGUGAUGACAGGCCUGGCACUGAACUGCCACAUAAACAAGAAGUCCUUGUUUGACAGGAAGCACUACUUCUAUGCAGACCUCCCUGCAGGCUACCAAAUUACCCAGCAGAGGCUCCCAGUCGCUGUGAAGGGCAGCUUGGCGUACAGCAUCUGUGUGGGGAAGAAGCGGAAUCAGGUGAUCAACAAGACAGUGAGGAUCAAGCAGAUCCAGCUGGAGCAAGACAGUGGCAAGAGCCUUCACGAUGACCUGCGGUCCCAGACGCUCAUUGACUUGAACAGGGCUGGAGUGGGCCUUCUGGAAGUGGUCCUGGAGCCCGAUAUGUCCUGUGGAGAAGAGGCAGCAACAGCUGUCAGGGAGCUGCAGCUGAUACUUCAAGCCCUGGGGACCAGCCAGGCAAACAUGGCAGAGGGCCAGUUGAGGGUGGAUGCUAAUAUAUCUGUGCAUCGCCCUGGGGAGCCUUUGGGUGUUCGAACUGAAGUGAAGAAUCUCAACAGUGCCAGGUUCUUGGCCAAAGCAAUAGACUAUGAAAUUCAGAGGCAAAUCGAAGAACUUGAGAAUGGAGGAGAAAUUCUGAAUGAAACUCGCUCCUUUGAUUACAAGCUGGGAUGCACCGUGCCGAUGAGAGACAAAGAAGGAAAGCAAGACUACAGGUUUAUUCCCGAGCCCAACCUGCCUCCCCUGCUACUCUACGACUCAGCCUCUCUGCCUGCUGGCGUGGACCCACAGCAAGUGAUCAAUAUCGACCAGCUUCGAGAGCAGCUCCCUGAGCUCCCCAGUGUGACCCGGGAGAAGCUCGUCCAGCAGUAUGGGAUGCUGCCGGAACACAGCCUCACCUUGCUGAAUGAAGUUGGCCUACUGGAGUUCUUCCAAAAUGUGAUGAAAGAAACUAGGGCAGAGCCCAAAAAAGUGACUAGUUGGGUCCUCAACACUUUCCUGGGUUUUUUAAAGCAACAGAACCUUGCUGUCAGUGAGAGUCCUGUCACACCUUCUGCACUGGCCGAGCUUCUCAACCUACUGGACCAGAAAGCAAUUUCUUCAGCAGCAGCUAAAAAGGUGUUUGAGGAGCUAUGGAGGAGCGGAGGGAAGACUCCAGCACAGAUAGUUUCAGAAAAGAGGCUUGAACUAAUGCAGGAUCAAGAGGCCCUGGAACAGCUCUGCCAAGCCACAAUGGAGGAACAUCCUCAAGUGGUAAUGGAUCUGAAGAAGGGAAACCCCAGAGCUAUAAAUAAACUGAUCGGCUUGGUCCGAAAAGCGACUCUCAACCGAGCAGACCCGACUGUGAUAAAGGAGAUGCUGGAGAAGCAGCUGUCAUCAUGAGAUAUUUCGGUCCCUCUGCCUGAGGGAGAUAGUGGAGCCAUACACAGAACCGGAGCCUUGAAACCCAACGUCUGUGAGUGAGCUCAACAUGCUGGCAUCCCCAAUCCCUGGGCCUCGGGUGCCACCCCCACAGGCCAGCAGCCUCACCUGUUUGCAUCAUUGACAUCAAAACGACUCCAUCAUAGCUGCAAAGGUGGUUAAGAACUAGCACAUUCUAGUGCGUAAUAAUUCUGAACUAAAUGAGACAUGCUGUUUCCGAUACUGUUACCUUUCUAAGAAAAAGUUCAUUACGCAGUUCUUUCAACAAAUAUUUCUGAGCACAUCCUAAGGGCCAGCAGUGAUCGAAAGAGACCAGAAUCUGGGUGCAGUAUUUUAGACCUAAAACAAGGGUGAUGAAGAGGAAAGAGGAAGACAGCAAGAUAAAUCCAUUGACAGUGUAGACAGUGUGUUUAGAUUGGUCUUUGUUAGGGCAGGGAAGGAGAAUGUUAGUCACCCAUCCACUGAGUAGAAGUGGUGCCUGUUCAACGCCCUAGGAAGCCAUGCUCUGAGAAUGGAUUUUUUUCUUUUUGGUAAAAUAGACAACAGAAGUUUUCAAAUAAAUUUAAUGAAUAAAAUAUGUACUGAAAUACCACAUUAAAAAUUAACAUACACUUUAAAGAUUGCGCAGUUGACAAUUCCCCUGCCCCCUCAGGCCAAAAGAGAUAAAAAGAGAAAUAAGUUGUAACAUUAAAUUGAUCUGUUUUGCCUGGAAAGAAUAAGAUUAUAAACUGACAAAUCAAAAUUUUGACCUUUAAUGGUAAUUGUGGUGCCGUUAACAGCAUCUCCGUGAAGUCGGGUGCCUUUGCCGCUGUUCUCAUGACAGUAAUACUAUUUCUGUCCAUCGCACUGGGACGCCCCUUUAUCCAUUUUAUUGCCUUUUUACCUCUGACUCACAAUGCUUAAAGACCAGUUUUGUAAGUGGUGGUUUUUAAAAGCACAUGUCAAAUUGUGACAUAAAUGAGAGAGGGAACAUUUUGGAAGCCCUACUUUUACACUGAAUUCUUUAGCCUACGAAGAAAAGUAUAAACAUUGCCAGCAUGAAUGGUGCUCCAGUGGCAACUGGAGAAAAGUGGACCUUCCCUCAUCACCAGUUUAGCAGUGAAUGUCACAGACGCAGGACUUCCUAACUAGGUAAUGAAAGAAGCGUCCCUCUGGCUGAUUUAGAAUUAGAAUAUGUUAUACCACCCAGGAAGCCAUGUGCCCCACAUUCUGUCCCAAUACUGACAACCACUGGGCCUAAAAGUAAAGUAUUACCACUGAACCUCUUUUCUUUUCAAGAGAGAAAGGCAAGUCCAUUCUCUCUCACCACACAAGUCUCGGAAUUAAUUACAAACAGGCAAGGGCAGUGUGAGGUUGGAAUCUGGCAGGAUCAUUAUUUUACAAAGGUCUGGCUUCUUAGUCAUCAAACUUUACAGAAUGCACUGGAGGAGCUUUUCAAACCAUUGGAAAUCAAGGGCUGGCUUAAACUGUUAUGUCAAGUGCACGCUGUAUUAUGGACUGGCCAUUCCCAGAGCUUCACCAAGCUGACUGUGGUCCAACUCUGAUGGCUGCUGCGGUACUGAAACCCUAAAAAUCAGACUGUUGUGUGGUUAUAACUGCUUAUGAGAAAAAGAAAAAUCCAACCACAGCUCAGAUACCUUACUUGGAACCUGACUAGAUAUUUGGAAGAUAUGUUCACGUACCCUAAGAAAUCCACCAAAUCUGGCUCUGCUCAUAAUAGGCCUCAGAGAAAUACAAUGUUAAAUACAGUACUUCUUUGCAAGGGUAUGAUUUAGUCUGUUUGUUUGCUAUUUAGGGGCAAAUCUCAUUAAAAUGUAUAAGCUGUCGGAUUCCAAUGACAGAUGGCAAUGGCUUCACCUGUGGCACCAUAGGUGAAGCCAUUGCCAUCUGUCUUUGGAAUCCGCACACCUGUAAGCUGGGAGGGGAAUGUGUUAGAAACAGGCUGUCCCCCAGGUCAGCCUGGCCAGGUGCAGGCUAUGUGUUGUGUUGCUUGAGGAGGUUGCUUGGUUGGUUAUGGUGGGAGGGGAGGAAUGUCAGCCUCAGGACUCACCGUGCUUCUUGGCACAGAAUAAGUACUUAGUAAAAGUUCAUUAAUUUAUAAAAUGAAAUGAAUUUGUUGGGGGGCCCCUUUGUAUGAGAAGUUGGUGCCCACUUUGUUGGAUCUCUUCGUCUAGGAAGGAGCUUCCUGUCUGCAGGCCUGUGCAUCACGGUGAACUGUUCCUACCUGUCAAGGUGCAGGUAGCCCAGGAAAAAGCAUGUUGAUCAUUAUUUAUGCCAAGUUAAGGAUGUGUUACCUGAGCUUCACACACUGCCCAUCUUUUUUGUAAUUAUUGCUAACCUUUACAAUAAGAAGGUUGGAAGAAGGCCAUGAAAUUUUUGAAAGUAACACAUCCUCCUGGGGCUUUGAGUUAGCUGGUUAAUUCAAUGUACAGCUUAUGGCCACCACCCACAAUUUGUUGUGUUUUUCAUUUCUGUUGCAUUUAGCUGCAUCAUUCAAGGAUUCCGCAUGGUGACUAUUUUGGAAAAGAACACUAAAUCUCUCUGAAAGGCCAUGUUCCUUAUUACAGAAGCCGCGUGGAAACGGCCGCCAUGCUUCUUCAGCAGAUUGGAGACAAAUGCACCCGGGGAUUGUUAAAGAAGAGAGCUGACCCCCGAUUGUGAAGUGCAACGCAUCUGACUAAAAUCCAAUCUCACUGCCUGCCUUCAUCAAACAACUUAGCAGAAAUCAAUUAAGUAACAUUGUCAGUACCAAAUUCCCUCUUUUAAAUGUCUCCAGGGCAAAAAAGGGCUAGUUAUAGGUGGGCCUUGUGUAGACUUGUGCCAGUGAAAAGUCAGCUGAUGCGCUAAACAGCACAGACUUCUGCAGUCUCAGCUCCACGAAAUUUAUAAUUUGGCCUAAGAGCUUCCAUCACUCUUGUCAGGCUCUGCAAUGACAUAGGAAACCUAAGUGCCCCCAGAGGUGCCUAAAGGACAUACUGAACUCGUGCUGGCAGAACCUACGAGCAGCCUUGCUACUUGUGAGUGACAGCGAGUUAGGUCAGCUCACAU